AUGGUGGCACUUUCGGAAGAGGAUCUCUCGCGGUAUCUGGAUGAAUCGGUGUCUGCCGCGCAGGAAGCCGGCAAUUUGAUGCUUGAGUGCUUCUCUCGCAAUGACGCCCAGCAAAGUGUGGAGGAGAAAUCCACACCGGUCGACUUGGUGACCAAGUACGACCGACAAGUGGAAGAACUUGUCCUGAAGCGACUGAGGACCGCUGCACCCGAGUUCCGUGUCCUUGCCGAAGAGACGGCCAACAAGGAGGCAUUGACAGAUGCGCCUACAUGGAUCGUUGAUCCAAUCGACGGCACAACCAACUUCAUCCACCGACAGGUCGAGUGCUGCGUUCUUAUCGGUCUGGCGGUGAAGAAGCGGGCGGUGCUUGGUGUUUGCUUCAUCCCGAAGUUGGAUGAGUUAUACACGGCCGUCAGGGGUCGUGGCGCAUACUGCAAUGGACGACGCAUCGUGUCUAGCGGCUGCAAGGACCUCACACGUGCGUUGGUCAAUUUGCACAUGCCUUCAUAUUCCCGUGGGCCCAAAGUGGUGGAUCGAAUUUUGGGCAUCAGCCGCGACUUGUUGGCCCAUCCAAUCAGGGCCAUGCGCUGCGGUGGCUCUGCGGGAGUUGAUAUGAUGCAUGUGGCACGGGGUCGUUUGGAUGUCUACUUCGAGGUAGGCAUCUAUCCCUGGGAUGUUUGUGCCGGUCAAGUCAUCGUGGAAGAAGCUGGCGGUGUUUGCUGUGACACGCUCGGUGGCCCCUUUGACUUGGCCUCCCGUCGAGUGCUGGCGGCCGCCUCACCUGAGCUCGUUGCGCAGCUGGCUGUGCACCUGAAGAAACACCGCUACAGCUCUGUGGAAGCAGACGACUACAGCGCUGACGCCGCAGAAAGCGAGCCAAAGAGACGCCGGAUAUAG